UCUACCUAUCAGUGUGUGUGUUGCUGUGCGCCUCGUUGCUGGAGGGAAACGCGAAGCUCAAGUUACAGGCUUCAUUUUUUAAAGAUUUACAUGAGUUGGUCCCCUAUUCUCCUUUCACUUCAUCGCCGUUCUUUCUAGUUAACGGCUCGCAUUUCAGAAUUCCUGGGUGAAGUGAAGCUUUGAAAAUGUCUCUUUGGACAAAAGCGCAGCAGCUUCAAGGUGAAGCUCUGCGACAGGUGCAGGCUGUUUAUGGUGAACAUUUUCCCAUUGAAGUUCGGCACUUUUUAGCCCCAUGGAUUGAAAGCAAAAUUAUGAGUGAUGUUGACCCAGACAAUCCUCAACACGAGCAGUAUGCUGCAUCUGUUGUAGGUGCACUUAUCCAAGAAUUAGAAUCCAAAGCCCAGGCUUUAACAAAUGAGGAGUUUUUCCUCACCAAAAUUAAACUUCAAGGUGCUGCUGAAAUGUUUAGACAACGAUACAGCCAAAAUCCCCUCGGUCUGCUCAGAAUCAUCAGACACUGCCUGGGUACCGAACUAAAGCUUGUUCAACAAGCUGAAAAUAUGAGCCUAGGCAUGAGCAGCAACCCAGCUGCAUUACUUCCUGACGCGUCGGGUGAAAUUCUUCAGCAAUUGGACAUAUUACGCCAACGUACACAAGAGACGAGUGAAGAUCUCAGAAGAAUGGAACAAGAGCAAGAAGCCUUUGCGUUAGAGUAUCACGAACUGACAAAGAUCCAAGCUAAUCUGACGCACUUACAGAACCAGGCUCCGUCACAACAAAAAAACGACUUUGAGAAGCAAUUGCGCAUCAAGAAAGAAAUGAGUGAACACAAGCUCAACGUCAAGGUGCUGGCUGAGUUGCUGCAAAUGCGGAUGGCUUUGGCCGAGAAACAUAAAGAGACAUUGAUGUUGAUUGAAAAUCUGCAAGCUCGAGUUUUAGAUGAUGAACUUAUCCGCUGGAAACGUGAACAACAAUUAGCUGGGAAUGGAGUGCCCUUCCAUAGCAACCUAGAUUCUAUCCAGGAAUGGUGUGAAGGUUUGGCGGAAAUAAUCUGGUUGAACAGACAACAGAUCAAGGAAGCCGAACGUCUACGAGCUAAAUUCCCUAUCAUGCAAGCAAAUAAUACAGACCAUGUACCUGCACUUAAUACGCAAAUCACGCAGUUACUCUCGUCGCUAGUGACUAGUACCUUCAUUAUUGAGCGCCAGCCCCCGCAGGUGAUGAAAACCAACACCCGUUUCACAGCCAUGGUUCGACUGUUGGUCGGUGGAAAGCUGAAUGUGCACAUGACACCCCCGCAGGUUACGGUGUCUAUAAUCAGCGAGCAGCAGGCCAAUACGUUACUGAAGAACGACAAAAUGGCCAAAGGAGAGGCAUCGGGGGAGAUUCUCAAUAACACGGGCACGAUGGAAUACCAAAAAGCUUCACGUCAACUCUCUGUCUCAUUCAGAAACAUGCAACUGAGAAAGAUCAAGCGCGCCGAAAAGAAAGGCACCGAAUCGGUGAUGGAUGAAAAGUUUUCUCUCCUCUUUCAAUCCAAGUUUUCGGUAGGCGGCGGAGAAUUGGUAUUCCAGGUCUGGACUUUAUCCUUGCCCGUGGUAGUUAUCGUGCACGGCAACCAAGAGCCUCAUGCUUGGGCGACAGUUACCUGGGACAAUGCAUUCGCCGAACCCGGCCGUACGCCGUUUGUCGUGCCGGAAAAGGUGCCCUGGUCUCAGGUUGCUGAGACGCUCUCAACUAAAUUUCGUUCGGCCACCGGUCGUGCUCUGACGGAAAGCAACCAGCGAUUCUUAGCCUCGAAGGCUUUCCGCAACCCGAACCUGCAGUUGCCUCUGGUUGGCCCCGAAGCAGGCAAUUUAAUGCUUACAUGGUCUCAGUUUUGCAAAGAGCCACUGCCCGAACGCAACUUUACCUUUUGGGAAUGGUUCUACGCCCUGAUGAAGCUCACUAGGGAGCACCUACGUGCGCCAUGGAUGGAUAACACCAUCGUUGGUUUUAUCGGCCGAAAGCAAACAGAAGACUUAUUGAAACAGUGUCUACGGGGUACGUUCAUGCUGCGCUUCUCUGAUUCUGAGCUGGGGGGCGUCACCAUUGCGUGGGUCGGAGAUUCAAGUGAAGUUUUUAUGCUACAACCCUUCACGAGCAAGGAUUUUGCCAUCCGCACGCUGGCCGAUCGUGUUUCGGACUUGAAACACCUAAUCUAUCUGUAUCCUGACAUACCGAAAGACCAGGCGUUCGGCAAAUACUACACGCCGUUUACCGACAGCCAGACGCCCACCAACGGUUACGUCAAGCCAUUGCUCGUUACUCACGUACCUGGUUGGAGUAGUGGUGGUGGUAACCUGGAAACGGGUAGCUACCCGCCAACGCCGCAAGGGUUCUACAACCCACAGUCACCAGAAGCGAGCAUGGGCCGCGACACUCCAUCCGUUCACAGCGCGACCUCCGAGACGGUCCACAGCAGCUUCUAUCCAUCGACCCAGACUGGCCAGCCCAACGAGGUAUCGGACUCGUUUCAAGACUUCAUGUCACAAGUAGAGGAACUAGACAAUCUGGAGGAGUUUCAGAUGGACCUCAACACGAUGGGCGUUAUGCCAGCCAGCAUGACCCACUUCAAGAGCUAAAUCAAAGGGUUACAUCCCCAAAACCAACCCUACUUUCCCGGUUUUCUGAAAUAGGAAAGUCUACGCAAAGAAGACGAAAAAACAAAAGGGGGAAACAGGAAAAUAUUUCUCUACCAAAGGAAUAAGAGCAAGCACACACAGAAGUCGUACGCCACACCAAAGUUCAAACUAAGACAAAGAGAAGGGGGAAAAAAAAUGAAAAUUUUUUUUGGAACCGGUUGGGUUUCGUGUGAGGUAGGUCACAUAAAAGUGCGCGGGAAUUUUUUUUUUCUUUCACUUUUUUUUUUUUUUUUUUGCUUUAGUUUUUAAAUGGGAAUGAAUUUUUUGUUUACUUUUAUUGUGCUAUUUGCGCAUGAAAAAGAAACACUGUCAUGUUUUCAUGGUCUUCAAGUUUGUUUCAAAAUCACGUCUUUUCAAAAAAAAGCGUCGAGUUAUUUGCUCACGCGUGCCUUUUUUACAAUUCAAGCAGAUGGUACAAUCAUGUAGACCGCUUAGCAGCGACGCAAUGUUUAUAGUUGCCGCUCAUUUGAAAAAUGUUUUGCCUUCUAUUAUGUUGUUAUUGCAGCUGUUGUGAGCAUUCGCACGGCUAUUACGUUGACAUAUGAUCAAACUCUCCCUCACCUUCUCUGUUUUUGUGUCUUACUUAAUUUUAGAGAGAGAGAGAGAGAGAGAUUUUUUUUUUUUUUUUUCCAUAAGACGGAACGUGGAUCGCUUACCACGGUUUCUUAUCUUUUGCCUCUUGCAAUAAGAACUUGGCUUUCAGACCUUUAACAUGGAUAGGAUCCGUGUGCGUUCAAUCACUUUUAAAAUUUACCUUUGAGUGACUUAAAAACAAACAAAAAAAAUCAUAGUUUUCAAUUCAUAUUUUGUGCAUUGCUCAAGUUGUCGAUUUUCGUCAUAACACAAUGAAAUAGAAAAAAAAAAAAAAAAAACCUUGUUCCCCAUUCUCCCAUAAUCCUUGCAACGAAUCAAAGUAGAGGAAUCGUAUUAAGCACGUAAAGAACCGCACACUAUGCAGUGUUGUGUUUGGAGCCUUGUCUUUUAUUAUUAUUAUUUUUUACGUAUUCACCCAUUCUUAAUUAUUAUGUUGGUUUUUCGUGUGAUGUCAAAUGCGAAAGAAAAAAAUAACUUUCACCUACCUUAUUAUACUACUUAUAAACUCCCUUGACUUAGAAAUAAACUGGCGUGCGGCAAUUGA